UCUGUCUGCCCACAGCUGCUCUGUGAGCCCCUGAGGUGUGCGCUCCUUUUCUGCAGACCUUGCAGGCAGGAGCUGGGCUCCGUUCUGAACCCAGCGGGAGGAGCCCCAGCAGGGCUGAGGGUUGAGGGUGGCUGGAAGGAAGCAAGAACGUUUGGUCAGAAACUCCAAAAAGGGGAACUGAAAGGGUGGGGUUGGCCGCUCCAGACGAGAGCCUUCUCUGCUCAGCGCUGCAGGCCUUGGAAGGAGCUUCCCUGCCGCCGCCAUUCUGAUCCAGUACUAGACAGCCACCAGCCUCCGAGCCAGAAGGCACCUGGGGAGUCACUGCCCGUGGGUGCAGCCAGAGGAGCAGCCGCCAGCUAACCUCAGCAGUCCAGCAAAUAUACCGGGGAAGAAGAGGAGGAGGAGAAGGAAGCCAUGUCGAAGGUGUUCUUGGAAAGCAUCUUCCUAAAGCGCUCUCAGCAGAAGAAAAAGACGUCCCCUCUCAAUUUCAAGAAGCGCCUCUUCGUGCUGACCGAGGGCAAACUCUCCUACUACGAGUACGACUUUGAGCGCGGGCGCCGAGGAAGCAGGAAGGGCACCGUGGACACUGACAAGAUCACGUGCGUGGAGACCGUGACGCCGGAGACCAAUCCUCCUCCAGAACGGCAAGUCCCGCGAAGAAGAGAGGAUUUAAACGAGACAGAGCCACAGAUCACCAUCAUAGAGCGGUUCCCCUAUCCUUUCCAGGUGGUGUAUGACGAAGGACACCUCUACGUCUUCUCUCCAACAGAGGAGUUACGGGCCCGCUGGAUUCACCAUUUGAAGGGAGUGAUCCGCUUCAACAGCAACCUGGUGCAGAAAUAUCACCCCUGCUUCUGGACUGACGGACAGUACCUUUGCUGCUCCCAGACAGCCAAAAUGGCGAUGGGUUGCCAGCUCGUGGCGGGCAGGCACGGAAGCGGCCGCCAUAACAAGGUAGAGAAGCCGCUCCCGCCAACUCCAGAGGAGGACCAGAUGAUGAAGAAGCCCCUGCCCCCCCAGCCGACACCCAGCGCCCCCUCCCGGAUGCGGAAGGUGGUGGCUCUCUAUGACUACGCCCCGAUGAACGAGCGGGACUUGCAGCUGCGGAAGGGCGAGGAGUACGUUGUCCUGGAGGAGAGCUGCGAUUCCUGGUGGAAAGCCCAAGACCAGGCCGGGAAAGAAGGGUAUAUUCCCAGCAACUACGUCACAGAAACCAAAGACUCCUUGGAGAUGUUUGAGUGGUAUUUGAAAAACAUAACGAGAAGGCAAGCUGAGCAGAUGUUGAAGAAAGAGGUAACAGGAACUAUCCAGGUGGAGUAUGUGUUAGCGCUGUCCUCUCCUCCUAAAUUUCAGGGGAAAGAUGGAGGCUUCAUUGUCCGAGAUUCAAUCAGCAAGACGGGAAAAUACACAGUCUCCGUGUUUGCCAAAUCCUCUGGGGACCCCCAGGGGACCAUCCGCCAUUAUGUCGUCUGCUCCACACCCCAGAACCAGUAUUUCCUGGCGGAGAAGCACCUCUUCAACUCCAUCCCGGAGCUCAUCAACUACCAUCAGCAUAACUCAGCCGGACUUAUUUCCCGACUGAAGUACCCUGUGUCAUCACAGCAAAAAACAGCUCCGUCCACAGCUGGACUUGGAUACGGGGCUUGGGAGAUUGACCCCAUGGACCUGACAUUCCUGAAGGAGCUGGGCGUGGGGCAGUUUGGGGUGGUGAAGCAUGGAAAAUGGAGAGGGCAGUUCGACGUGGCGGUCAAGAUGAUCAAGGAAGGCUCCAUGUCGGAGGACGCGUUUAUUGACGAGGCCAAAGUCAUGAUGAACCUCUCCCAUGAUAAGCUUGUGCAACUCUUUGGGGUUUGCACCAAGCAGCGGCCCAUCUUGAUCGUCACGGAGUACCUGGCCAAAGGGUGCCUUCUGAGCUUCCUGCGGGACAGCCGCGGCUCGUUCCAGGCCAGUGAGCUCCUGGAGAUGUGCAAGGAUGUCUGCGAGGCCAUGGAGUACCUGGAGUCCAAGAAGUUCCUGCACCGAGACCUGGCUGCUCGCAAUUGUCUGGUCAGCGAACAAGGUGCCGUCAAAGUCUCCGAUUUUGGCCUCUCCAGAUAUGUCUUGGAUGAUGACUACAUUAGCUCCUUGGGAUCCAAAUUCCCAGUCCGGUGGUCUCCCCCCGAGGUUCUUCUGUACAGCAAAUUCAGCAGCAAAUCGGAUGUCUGGGCUUUUGGCGUCCUGAUGUGGGAGGUUUAUUCUUUGGGGAAGCUGCCCUACGAGAGGUUUUCCAACAGCGAGACCACUGAACACGUGACCAAAGGGCUGCGCCUCUACCGCCCCCACCAGGCCUCCGAGAGAGUCUACGCCAUCAUGUACAGCUGCUGGCAUGAGAAGGCAGAGGAGCGCCCGACCUUCCAUGUCCUUCUGGGAAACAUUUUGGAUUUAUCAAAUGAAGACCCCUGAACAGCCCCCAGCAUCCCCUUGUGCAUUUACUAGUGUGUGAUGGUUUUGCCAUGUGUAUUAUGUUUGCUGAAGAAUCUCUGGAUGGAUGUAUCUGCAAGGAACCCCAUCAGGAUUCCCAGAGGAAGAAGUUAAGUGACUUCCUUCAGACAACACUGGAUUUUGUUCCCUGCCUUCUUGUAACUACUGGCUUGUAUCUGAAGUCACCAAAAUGCUGAGAAUAGCUAACUUAUGGUAACAGGUGCUGGUCAAGUCUCUUCAGCAAAGCAAAACCCUUUCAAUGCAAUAUCAAAAUGCACGGAUGACAGAUCUGUCUAGAAGUUUAAAUGGCAUGAAGGGACUUUUGCCUAAGGAUGCAAAUAUUCUAAAACUCAUUGUGCAAUGCUGAAAUAUUGAUCACCAGAAAAGCUAUGGAAAUGAAAGAUAUCCCAUAAAAAGGAAAUGUACCGGGUUGCCUCACAUUCUCUUCUGGGUCACCUCCAUACAGCUCAAAAGAUAGUGAUUUGUCAUUUUA